AGAAGCGAGCGUUCGUAUUGUGUCGCAGACUAUUUCUAUAUCUUAUUUUUGAAUACAGUUUAAUAUUGAUAAAAGUAGUUUUAAUAUAUCAGAAGUAAGAUUUUUACCAAAAAGAAAAACACUGUGUGCGUGUAAUUACUAGUUAAGUGCCCUUGUAUAAAAUACUUGUUUGUGAUUUGUGCUGUGCUUGUGAUGUCCGGUAGUCUGAUAUGGCUCCAGUAGAGUGUAGAGAAAGAGACGAAAAAAAGAGUUAAGUCAGAAUCCCGUUUUGGCCCCUUUUAAUCCAGAGUUGGAUACACAGGUGCACGCAGAUUACGGAUCGAGGCAGAGGCUUCACAAGUAAGGAAAUGAACGAUUUAUGCAAAUUUGAAAAUAUUAAGCAUAUGCUCAACGCUAUCGCAAGUCCCAGAAGCAAUGGUCAAGUGAAAAGAUUUAACCACACAAUUCUAACUGCCCUUAUGACAAUGGUCGGUGAUGAUCACAGUUCUUGGGAAACAAAAAUUGUCGAGGUACAGCGUGGCAUUAAUAUGUGUUUGAAUUCAAGUACCGGAAAAUCUCCAGCCGAACUUUUGUACGGGUUUUGACCGCGGCUCAAAUACGACAUAGAAUUAACAGAUAUCACAGUAAGCACGAAUAGACUAGAAACUUUACAUAAUAAUCGGGUUAAGGCUUUGGGUAAUAUCGUUAAAACCGCGAGUGCUAUGAAGAAACGCUAUGACAAGAAUCGAUUGGGUGCACGCACAUUUAAAGAUGGCGAUAUGGUUCUAAUAAGAAGAACACCGAUAAUCAAGGGUCUGAGUAGCGGCAAAUUGGUUCAACGAUACAUUGGUCCUGUACACAAGUGACAGCAGUUCUGCCCAAUGAUCGCUAUCACGUGCAAUCAACGUCCAAGGAUCGUAGGCGAUUCUAAGGUGUGGUAGCGAGCGACAGAAUGAAACUUUACAAAGUCUGAAGAUGAUAAAUCGUGUCUCUGCAAGCGGUCCUGAGGCAGGCCCGUGUCAGGAUGGCCGAAUUAUUAGGAAUUUCGCACAGUCCGGCGAAAUCCAAGUUAUUUACGGCGCUGGUAAUAAAGCGGACGCUUGUAGGAACCCAAAUAAACAAAACCGAAGUCAGUGAAAUUCUAGAUGUGCUCUAAUAAAGAAGCGAGAGUUCGUAUUGUGUCGCAGACUAUUUCUAUACGUUUUGUAAUUUAUAUCUUAUUUUUGAAUACAGUUUAAUAUUGAUAAAAGUAGGUUUAAUAAUAUACUAAAUAUUGAAAACGAGAAAAAGCUUAAAAAGCCAAUCCAAACCGACCAUAGUAAUUGAUCAGUAAUAGCAGCCAUCGCGGUCGUACAACUUCGUCCUCUUCAAAAGCUGCUUUACAGAAAAUGCAGAUAAGGUUUGGGAUCUUAACUGUCAGCACUACGUGCUCAGCGGAUCCAGACAAGGAUAAAGCGGGGCCAGCACUGGAAAACGAGAUUUUGCGCGCAUUUCCCGAUUCAAAGGUGACCUUUAAACGUAUCGUAACCGACAACAAGGACAACAUUAUUGAGGUUUUAUAUAGCGUUGCAAAUGACCGGCUAUGCGACGUCCUGUUUACUGCUGGCGGAACAGGAUUUGCGGCCAGCGACGUUACCCCCGAGGCGACGAGGGCUGUAAUUGAAAAGGAGGCCACAGGGAUCACUUAUGUUUUGCUUUCAAAGAGCUUAGCUGUUACCGAAAUGGCUAUGCUCUCGCGCCUAACCAGCGGGAUUAAAGAGAAAACUUUAAUAAUAAAUUUCCCCGGAAGUACGAAGGCGUCGGUGGAAUGUUUUGGAUUUAUAAAAGCAUGUCUUCCGCAUGCAGUGGCUCUAUUACAAGAACGGGACAGCGAGGUCAAAGCAGAACAUAUGAGGAUCCAAGGAGAAAAUCCCAGUGCAGAAAGUAAGGUAAAAAUACAAACUGGAGCAUCACGUAUGCGCAAGUCCCCCUAUCCUUUAUUAGAAGUCGAAGAAGCAUUUGCUUUGGUACUUAAAACCGUUAUACCCCGAAACGAAAUAGAGGAAAUACCUAUUGAAGAUGCUCUGGAUAGGAUCUUAGCAGAAUCUAUUAAAGCUUCAAGACCUAUUCCGCCCUUUCCAGCUUCCAUGAAAGAUGGAUAUGCUUGCAGGGCUGCUGAUGGAGGUGGCAUGAAGUUGGUUAGAUCUUCUGCUGCUGCCGGAGAUGUUCCUUGUGUGGAGCCUCUUCGACCAGGAGAAGUUAUCAGGAUAUCAACGGGAGCGGCGAUCCCAGCAGGCGCAGAUGCAGUAGUUCAAGUUGAAGACACUACUUUGGUUGCAGUUACCGAAAAUGGUGAAGAUGAAACUUCUAUUAAUGUUAAUGUUACUCCUAAAGUUGGACAAGAUAUAAGGCAAAUUGGUAGUGAUGUCCAAGCAGAUGCUUUGGUCUUACAGAAAUGCACUCGAAUUACCCCAGCCUACAUUGGAGUUCUGGCAAUGCUCGGAUUAAAUAAAGUUAAGGUCAACAGGCGACCCCAAAUCGGAAUUAUCUCGACGGGAAAUGAGCUUGUUCCACCGAAAGGCCCUUUACAGCCGGGACUCAUUUACGACAGUAAUAAAGUAACUCUUUUAACUUUAUUAAAAAAAUAUGGGUACGAGGCUAAAGACUGCGGAAUUGCGCGAGAUACACCAAACAGCGUAAAAUCUAUUCUGGAACGUGCGUUCGACUGCAACGACUUUAUUGUCUCCUCAGGUGGAGUAUCAAUGAGCGAAUACGACCUCUUAAAGCAAGUUCUCGUAGAGGAUUUUAAUGCCAUUAUACACUUUGGCCGUGUCAAUAUGAAACCAGGGAAACCAACAGUAUUUGCCACACUAACCUACAAAGAGAAAAUGAAAGUCAUAUUUGCGUUGCCAGGAAAUCCAGUUUCCUGCUGCGUCACCAGCAUACUUUUUGUUAUCCCAACUCUAAGGCACCUGGAAAAUUAUAAGGCUUUCAGCGAAUGGCCUAAGAUCAAGAUAUUAUUGGAACAGGAUGUAAAUAACAACGAUCCACGACCUGAAUACGUACGUCUGAAAGUCUCCAGAAAUUGUGAAAAUAAGCUAAUUGGGGUUUCCACAGGGAAUCAAAUUAGUAGCAGACUUAACAGCAUGGUGGAUGCUAACGCUCUAAUGGUAGUUCCUGGAAAAACAGUUAUUCAAAAGGGAGAAGUCGUGACUUGUACUUUGUUUGAUCAAAUAGCUUAAUUUCUUUAUUUUUCAUUUGUAAUGAUUUGCCUCGAAUUGAAUAUAUACCAAUUUAUAUAUUUUUUGGAAUAAAUGUGUGUUUUUUGUUA